CACUGCACUCAUGUGGUGAAAAUAUGUUACUUCAAAAAAAUGCAACGGAAUUUACGUCACGAACGGAGCCGUCUCCUGUAAACAUGGCGUCCGUAACCACAGCCACCUCGGAGUGGAUCCAGUUCUUCAAGGAUGCUGGGAUCCCUGCUGGUCUGGCUGUCAACUAUGCUGUGUCUUUUGUGGACAACAGGAUCCAGAAGACCAUGCUGAUGGACCUCAGUAAGGAGAUCAUGAUGGACCUGGGCAUCACUGUCAUCGGUGACAUUAUUGCCAUCCUCAAACACGCCAAACAGGUCUACCGACAGGACAUGUGCAAAAUGGCCACACAGGCCAUAACCUCAGGACAGUCCAGCGUUCAGACCGAACUCAGAAGAACUGCCCACACCCCCGCCACACGUAUGAUUGCCAACGCCUUGAGCCACGACUCACCGCCAACCACACCAGCCCAUCACACUGACAACCGGGCAAUCUCUGUGACCGUGUCGAACAAACAGGCCAAGAGUGGCAAAGCAGUGCUGAGCCGGCCUGCUGACGAGGGGAACGGUCUGCCGGCGAAGCGUCGCCGUGUGACUGCAGAGAUGGAAGGCAAGUACAUCAUCAACAUGCCCAAAGGCACCACGGCACGCACCGCCCGAAUCCUGGCCCAGCAGGCCAAGAAAGGGAACAAGCGGAUGUCUGUGUUUGAGCGACUGGGAGCCGAGUCCAAGGCAGAUACCACCACGGGCAGCAGCAAGGCCACGGGUGUGUUCAGUCGACUGGGCCGAGCAGACGGCGCGGAGGAGGAGCAGGGAACAGCAGGAAGGGUUGAUGUAGACGGAGCAGAGGAGGAGGAGGAGGAGGAUGAUGAUAGUGAUGGAGAGGGUUCGGUCCUACAGUACGCUGGCGUCCUAAAGCGACUCCCUCCCUCCCAGAAGAAAGAGCCUGUGGCCCCCAAGCUGGCCCCCACCACCCUCCGCCGCCUAGGAGUGAAGUUCAAACUCCCCCCUACUGACUCUCCCUCCUCCUCUUCCUCACCCGAUGGCCUCCCCCCUGCCAAGCUCAGUGUGCUUCAGAGACUGGGUAAACCAAAUGCCUCCCCACCGCCCGCCGACACCCAGGACAGCCGGGUGACCAGCACCAGAAAUAAGGCCAGGCCAGGCCUGGCCCUGGCCAGCCCUAAGGUCAGCAGCAGCACUAGGGCUGGAGGAGGGGAGAGUUUUGGGGCUCAGAUGGACGUAGGGUCAGUCAAUGUCUUUAAGAGACUGGGCAGCAAGAGGACCUAACGCAUAUCAGGCCAUGUCUAGAACAAUACCUUUUCAUUAUUUUGAUUUUAUUUGCAUCCAUCCGGAAGGCUAGUUAUUGUGACAUGUUGGUAACAUCACAUAGACAGCUAGCCUGGGUACCAGUCUGUUUGUGCUAACAUUCCCCUCCCUGUCAUGGUAUGUUUAUUAUAUGAUACGGAGUACAAGGGUGGAAUGUUAGCACAAAACAGGUCUGUAUUUUAGGCUUACGGAGAGCUGCUUCUAGGAGGAGUUGGCUCAGUGAUAAAAAGGGAUUGUGGGAAUGCAGGAUGUAAUGUUCACCGUAUCACCUCAGCGCUCACCUCCACCGGGCUGUGACUGCCGGGUACAAGAGAAGUACAGUCCACUUAAGACGUUCGUGCUGUAACUCUAGUCCUAGAAUGGACAACAGCAACAGGCAAACAACACAUAAAGCAACCUCAACCCACAAGCAAGAGCAUCUCAUCGGCCUCAUUUUUAUAUGAACUGUAUUUGUAGAAAAGUGUAGACUCAUAUUGCUGUGAAGGCUCCACCACCACAUUGAACCUCUGGUUGUGUACCACGAUCUGCUUGAAAGCCAAGAUAUUCAGAGUUGUCUGUUCACAGAAUAGGAAGUUACCCACCAUUGAUUGACCUGUAUGUAGAUGUUAUUGUGAGUUUUUUUCCAGGGCUUAUUCAGUACAUUGCAGAUAGAAAUGUACCGUAUAGAGCUGACAUGAUGGUUUUAUUGACAUAACAAAGAAUCAUGUUAAGUUCUGCACCAUACAUUUCUAUCUAUACUGAACAAAAAUAUAUACGCAACAUGCAACAAUUUCAGUGAUUUUACUCAGUUAUAGUUCAUAUAAGGAAAUCAGUCAAUUUAUAUAAAUUCAUUAGUCCCUAAUCUAUGGAUUUCACAUGACUGGGCAGGGGCGCAGCCAUGGGUGGGCCUGGGAGGGCAUAUGCUGACCCACUGGGUUGCCAGGCAUAGCCAAUUGCACGCUCUCUAAAAACUUGAGACAUUUGUGGCAUUGUGUUGUGUGACAAGCUGCACAUUUUAGUGGCCUUUUAUUGUCCCCAGCACAAGGUACACCUGUGUAAUGAUCAUGCUGUUUAAUCAGCUUUUUGAUAUGCCACACCUGUCAGAGAUGGAUGAUCUUUGCAAAGGAGAAAUGCUCACUAACAGGGAUGUAAACAAAUUUGUGCACAACAUUUUAGAGAAAUAAUAUUUUUGUGAGUAUGGAACAUUUCUGAAACAUGGGACCAACACAAGUUGUGUUUAUAUUUUUGCUCAGUAUAAAUGUUGUGUAAUGUUGUGCUGACCUGAAUAACACCCUGGUUUGCCAUUAUUCCACAUGGUACAGGAACUGAUAUGUAAAUGUCCCCUUGAUAUUGAUACAAUACUUAGAAAUUUGGGUGAACACCUGCUAUCUUUUUUUUUUAUUAUUGAACUUCACCAGAACUUUGCUACACUGUAUAUAGAUUUAGAAAAUCAUGACAAGAAAACAACAACAUCCAAGGUUUUAAGAUGUAAUGGAACAAGGCACCAUGCCUUGAGAAAGUGAUCUUGAAUAUAAACAAGAAAAUGGUGGAAAAA